GCGACCGACCCCCCCAUGCUGCGCUGCCACAUCCCGCCGCAAUGCGGCCCGGCCCCGCUCGGCCGCCGCGGCCUGCCCCGGGCGUCGGCGGCGGUGCGCUGCGCCGCGCGGGCCCCGUCGCGGGGGACCGUGGCGGCGGCGGCGCAGGUCGCGGCGGCGGUGGCCACGGCCGAGGGGCGCGAGGGGGUGGAGCGGCCCGGCCUGGCGGAGCGGCUGCGGAUGGGGAGCCUCCUCGAGGACGGCCUCUCCUACAAGGAGAGCUUCAUCGUGCGCUGCUACGAGGUCGGCAUCAACAAGACCGCCACCGUCGAGACCAUCGCCAACCUCCUCCAGGAGGUAGGGUGUAAUCAUGCACAAAGCGUUGGGUUCUCCACCGACGGUUUUGCCACGACUACAACAAUGAGAGAACUUGGACUCAUUUGGGUCACAAAUAGGAUGCACAUUGAGAUCUACAAAUACCCUGCUUGGGGUGAUGUUGUUGAGAUUGAAACAUGGUGCCAAGCUGAUGGAAAGAUCGGUACUCGGCGUGAUUGGAUCCUUAAGGACUUAGCUAAUGGUGAAGUUAUUGGAAGAGCUACCAGCAAGUGGGUCAUGAUGAACCAAAAUACACGCAGACUUCAAAGAGUCAGUGACGAAGUCAGGGAUGAGGUGUUUAUCCACUGUCCAAAGAGUCCAAGAUUAGCAUUCCCUGAGGAAAAUAAUGGCAGUCUGAAGAAGAUUCCUGUUCUAACAGAUCCUGCACAGCACUCGAGGCUCGGUCUAGUGCCUAGAAGAGCUGAUCUGGACAUGAACCAACAUGUCAAUAAUGUCACUUACAUUGGUUGGGUCCUCGAAAGCAUACCUCAAGAUAUUAUUGAUACCCACGAGUUGCAAACAAUCACUCUUGACUACAGAAGAGAAUGCCAGCAUGAUGACAUAGUCGAUUCUCUCACCUAUAUAGAGGAAGGGGAUGAGAUAAAUUCUAAUGGAUCUCUGUUUUCAGCGCCGCACCCAGAAGAGCAGCGCCAGUUCUUGCACUGCUUGAGAUUUGCUGGGGCUGGGGAUGAGAUCAACCGUGGUCGCACCGUGUGGAGGAAACUAGCUAGAUAGAAAGUGAUGUGUAUUUGCUCAUAUGUAUUGUGCUGUUCCAUUUGUUUUACCGUUUUGCUCUUUGCGACCGGCGCCGCAUCACGAGAGAAUCAACUGUACCCGGAAUUUUGUGAUUACGUUUGUGACCUGUGUAACAAUCAAUGCCAAUCUGUGGCAAAUGUUGGACCUCAGAGCUGGUGUUCAUCCAUUUUGGACUAUGCAAUAUAUGUAUGUAUACAAGACUGCAAGAGGUCCAUCGA